AUGGCAAGAAAUAGUCCCCCAGACUACAAAUCUCUCUUCCUGCAGGAAAAGGAGAGGCGGAAGGAGGCGGAAGCCAGUCAAAAGCAGGCGGAAGCCAGUCAAAAGCAGGCAGAAGCCAGCCAAAAGCAGGCAGAAGCCCGUCAAAAGGAGAUAGAGGACCUAGAGAUACAGGCGCAGGACGAAAGGCGACGGGACAUGGAACGCACCCGACUUGAGAAUUUCGAAGAAUUUUUGCAUCAUAUCCAUACCUACCCUCGCGACCGUUGA